GAAUUAAGAUUAAGAUAGCCACGAGAUCUCUACUGCAAGAAUGGCGACAAUUUGUUGUAAAAAGAGAAAGUACUCCAUUAAUGGCAUAUAUAAUUUAGCAGUUACUUGCGCGAAAAUUAAGAAGAUGGCCUAAGAAAGAAAGUUAAAGGAACCCCUGGAUUUUCUCAUCUAGCAUUCAUCCUUCUCUAUUUUAUGUCAAUGCUUCGUCUCCUCCCCUCUCCUCCAAUUCUUCACGAUUCUAAUGGCUUCCAGAACCCUAAAAAACCUAGCAGAAAAAGAUCAACCCGUCCUUGCCAAGCCAAAAACUAGAAAGACCAGCAACACUAAAGGUUCUUUAUGGUCACUUUUUAUGGUAUUAGUGGCACCUCCUUCCCUGUCCUUGACCAUAAUAUACUUGUUUGGUUCAGGCAGAAGGUACCGUGCCCUAGCCAAACCGUCUUGGUUUCCUUCUCUAACAGUAAUUCAUUUAGGCUCUGUGGGUUCAACUUUUCUUAUGAGCCUAGCAGCCUGGCUAGUGUGGACUAAUGAUGGGUUUCAUGUUGACUCGGAUGCGUUGCCUCUCUACAUUGCUCAAAUCUCUUUGAGUAUGGUCUGGGAUCCUCUUGUGCUCAGGAUUGGAGCAGUUUGGCUUGGAUUUCUGUUCUCCAUGCUUAAUUUGGGGACUCUUCUUGCAUGUUACUGGGCCUUUGGCAAGGUUAAUCCAUUGUCUAAAAAGUUUGUCAAGCCUUGCUUGACGUGGGUGGCAUAUCUAACCCUAGUCACAUUUGAUCUUAUGUUUCUUUGAAUCCUGGUUUGUCAACAUCAUAGCCAUGUGUUUGGUGGAAGUUUGAGAUUCAAUUUCUUGGAUGACUGCUUUAUUAAUUCUGGAACUGCCCUUCUCCCCUGCCAUGUUAACAAGUCUUGGUGCGUAUUAUACUCAGGACGUGUACAACUCUCUCUCUCUCUCUCUCUCUCUCUCUCUCUCUCUAUAUAUAUAUAUAUAUAUAUAUAUAUAUAUAUAUAUAAGAUGGAUCUCUUCGUGGGAAAACAUACAAAAUCCUCACUUUCUUUUUUCUUUUAAAUAUAGGGUUUUAUUUAUUUAUUAUAUCCAUCCCUUUUUUAUGGUUUCAAAGAAUGAUUGGUGGGAAUUUGCCAAUGAUGUUUAAGCAAUAUUCAAGAACAACUUUCUUUUCUUAGCAGUUUUUAUGCAAGGCAAUUAUUUCAAAUUAAGGAAUAGUUCUAUUAUAGCCAUGUUAAUUAGUCAACAGACUUAUCACAAAAGCCAGACAGGUGCAGAUGGACAGAAACAGAUUUGUAUCUCCUAAUUUUGUCAUGUGUAAUCGAGCAGUGGGAGGACAUGCAUGGCUUAUCUCUUUUUCACCUGUAUUGCUAGCAAGCAUGCUAUGAUGAUGAGCCUGGUUUGCCUUUUACCUUUUUGGUUCUGAAAGAACGAAAGAGAAAAGAGGGUCUUCAUCAGAAAUGAUAGAGUUGAUAGUGGCAGUAUUUCAAUUUAGAUUUUACUAGUCAAAGCUGCUACAUCAAACCUUGGCUAAUCCCAGGUUUUCUAACUUUGUGUAGAAUUGACAUCUUUGUAAUGGGCUGCGAUGAUUUUUCCUGUUUCCUUGUUGUAGUCUAAUAGUUUUCCUGAUAGUUUGUAAACAAUCUUGAAAAGAUUCUUACUUUCAGAUGAAUUUGAUUUGCUUUGAGAAAGUAUCUCCCUGCCAUCUUCGUUGUUUUUUAAAUACAGUCUUGAGAUCUCAAUCUCUCCACACAUUUACAUCCAACUUCAUCUUGCUGGCAGCCAAAAUAGACGAAGUUUUCUUACUGCUCUGGCCUUGAUUGCUGCAAGACACGCCUCCUAUUGGAGAAUUGACAGCAUUAAAAACAACAGUCUUUUAUAUUUGAUAUAUAGUUUAGUUGUUGGUGGAAACUUUGUCCUCAAACCAUGGCCACAUGUAUGAUUUAAGUUUUCUCAAAUUUUUUUUUCCCAAAAAUUUGAUCAAGAUAGUCAUUUGAUUCCCUGAACGUGCGAAGAUGAAAUGUAUUUAUUUGUUUAUUCUCUCCCAUUGCAUCUUUCUUUCUUCUUCCUACCUUCUUCAGCUCCCACCCGACGAUCUCUCUUGGCUCCUAAAAUUCUGCCAUUUCUUACCUAUCUCUUCAGUUCAACAACUCAACAUCUUCAAUCUUCAUGUCCUGAAAAGAACCCUUUAAAAACAAAGUCUUCAGAUACAAAAAGCUUUGCAUUUGGCUAACAUAUAUAGCUCGCUGGAGCUAAAGAUGCUGGACUGGUGCCUAGGAAGUUAUCGGGACCACCUGUUCCAGAGACCAAUGUGCCAUGCCAAGGUCACCCUACUCUGCCUCUUCAUGACCGCCAUCGUCCUACUUGGCACAAUUGGCGCCGGCAAGUUUGGCACUCAGGAGCAACACUUUAACUACCUCCGCAACAACUUCUACUCUUCUCGCAAGCGCGCCGAGCCACAGAAAGUUGUCAUUGAAUUGACUCGCAACAACAGCAGGAAUGAUACGAAUAUCAAAAGCGAUGAUCCAAAUAGCUAUGCCUCAUUUGAUAUUAACAAGCUAUUCGUCGAUGAAGGCGAAGACGAUGAGAAUCCUGAUUCGGACAAGCCAUACAGUUUGGGGCCGAAGAUUUUAGAUUGGGACCAGAAGAGAGCUGAAUGGCUAGGUGAAAACCCGAAGUUUCCCAACUUUGUUGGGCCUGACAAACCGAGAGUUCUGUUAGUCACAGGAUCUUCACCGAAACCUUGCGAGAAUCGUGUCGGCGAUCAUUACCUGCUAAAAUCAAUUAAAAAUAAGAUUGAUUACUGCAGGCUUCACGGCAUCGACAUUUUUUACAACAUGGCUCUGCUUGACGCUGAAAUGGCUGGCUUUUGGGCUAAGCUGCCGUUAAUAAGGAAGCUGCUGGUUUCGCAGCCCGAGAUAGAAUUCUUGUGGUGGAUGGAUAGCGAUGCUAUGUUUACAGACAUGGCAUUUGAGGUGCCGUGGGAGAAGUACAAGGAUUAUAACCUUGUGAUGCACGGGUGGAAGGAGAUGGUUUAUGAUCAAAGGAAUUGGAUUGGACUGAACACAGGGAGUUUCUUCAUAAGGAACUGUCAAUGGUCAUUGGAUCUUUUAGAUGCAUGGGCACCAAUGGGGCCUAAAGGGAAGAUUAGAGAUGAAGCAGGGAAACUACUUGCCAAGGAGCUGAAAGGGAGGCCGGUUUUCGAAGCUGAUGAUCAGUCUGCAAUGGUAUAUUUGCUGGCUACACAGAGGGAUAAGUGGGGCGACAAAGUAUAUUUAGAGAAUGCUUAUUAUUUGCAUGGUUACUGGGAGAUCUUGGUUGACAGGUACGAGGAGAUGAUCGAGAAAUACCAUGCCGGUCUUGGUGAUGAUCGGUGGCCUCUUGUUACUCACUUCGUAGGAUGCAAACCUUGUGGGAAGGCGGGGGAUUAUCCGGUGGAGAGGUGCUUGAAGCAGAUGGACCGUGCUUUCAAUUUUGGAGAUGACCAGAUUCUGCAGAAAUAUGGGUAUGCUCAUACUUCACUGGCUGCUUGGAGGGUUAGGAAGAGCAGUAAUUAAUCCACUUUAAGUCAAGCUGUUUAGGGCAUCAAAACCAUUGCAAGAGAGGGUUCUGCUGAUGCUGUGCUUGCUUGCUUUCUAGCUGCUCGUGUUCUUCAUUUAAGAAUCUAUCUAUAGAUUGUAGGAGUUGUUGAAAUGUGUUUUUUUGAAUGUUUUUCUUUCAUAAAUUCCAAUCGAUCUUAAAUUAACCAAUGAUUUAUCCACUAAAA